UUUCGGUCGCGACAUCGUCAACCAUCAUCUCCAUCUUCCAUCUCCACUACGAUCGCCUUUACCUUCACCCACCAUGUCCGUCGCGGCCUUGUCCAAGUCGCUUCCGAAGCCAAAAUAUACCGGAGAAGAAGAGGAAUUGCGCGAUGCAAGAAGCUCCCGCGUGCUCAAUCCUGAGCAGUAUGAGACACAAGUCGUGAAGAGGCAGAACGGGCCGCCUGCCUAUGGCCAGCGACAGAAAUGGCGGCCUAGGACAGCUGAGGAUUUUGGGGAUGGUGGGGCCUUCCCAGAAGUGCAUGUUGCACAAUAUCCGCUAGAUAUGGGAAAGAAGGGUACCGCGAGCACUUCCAACGCUCUCGCCAUGAGGGUCGAUAACGAAGGAAAGACGAAGUACGAUGAAAUCGCACGAAGAGGACACAGCGACUCGAGAAUAGUACAAGCGAGUUUCAAGGAUCUGAUACCGUUGCGGCAACGUGCGGAUGCUGGAGAGUUGAAUUUGGAGCGUCCGAGUCAGGAAUUGGUUCAGGCGACGAGAGAGCGCACACAGCAAGCACUGGGUGCCCUGAUUGCUGGUCAGACCGCGGCGCAGCGUCCGAAGAUGGUCAAGGGACGGGCAAAAGAUGAACCUACGUUCGUGAAAUACACGCCGUCUGCACAAAUGGGUGAUGCUCAAGGAAAGACGCGUAUUUUGAAGAUUCAACAGAGGCAGAUGGAUCCUCUUGAACCGCCAAAGUUCAAGCACAAGAAGAUUCCACGAGGGCCCCCAUCGCCCCCACCACCCGUUCUGCAUUCACCGCCACGAAAACUUACGGCCGAAGAUCAAGAAAUGUGGAAGAUUCCACCUCCGAUAUCGAACUGGAAAAAUCCCAAGGGUUACACUGUUCCUCUUGACAAACGUCUGGCGGCAGAUGGAAGAGGUCUGCAGGACGUGACAAUCAACGACAGAUUUUCUCAAUUUAGUGAAGCGCUGCAGGCAGCCGACCGACAUGCCAGAGAGGAGGUCAAGCAGCGUGCUAUGAUGCAACAACGCCUUGCAGAGAAGGAGAAGGAGCAAAAGGAAGAGCAUCUGCGUAAGCUUGCUCAACAAGCCCGAGAAGAUCGUGGAAAUACUUCCCGCCGUCGUUCCGGCAGUUAUUCGGAUUCAGAGUCUGAUUCGGAAGAUGAGGCUGUGCGCAGGCGUGAAGAGGCCCGGCGAGAAAAGAAACAGGAAUUUCAGCGAGAAAUGCGUCAAUCGAAGAUGGGUACGGAGAGGAAGCUGCAGAUGCUUGCACGAGAGCAGAACCGUGACGUCUCAGAAAAGAUUGCUCUCGGCCUCGCCAAACCAACACAGGGCGGAGAGUCAAUGUAUGAUGCAAGACUGUUCAACCAAACGAGUGGUUUCAAUGCUGGGUUCAAUGAAGAUCAGCACUACGACAAGCCGCUGUUCGCCGCCCAGGACGCGAUCAGCAGCAUUUACCGGCCCAACGUACAGCAGGAUGACGGGGAGGAUGAAGACCAAACAUAUGAUCGCAUUACCAAAAAGAGUAACUUUGAGGUAUUGGGUAGGGCAAAAGAGGGAUUCAAAGGCGCCGAUCUACAAGAGCAACGUGAUGGCCCAGUUCAAUUUGAGAAAGAUACAGAUGACCCUUUCAAUAUUGGGGAAAUGAUCAAAGAAGUCCAAGGGGAAAAGAGGGGCGAAAAGCGAUUUGGUUUGCAAGAGGGAGAAGAGCCAGCGAGCAAGCGCGCUAGGGUGGAGGAGGAUAGCGAUUGA